AUGGCUCCCAGAGUCGUAGAAGUGGGUACAGCGGACCACUAUGACGCCUAUUUCAAGCUGGUGAAGGUUGAAAAGGUCUUGCUUCCUUUGACAAAGCAGAGAGAUGAAGUUCUCACUGGGCACAUCAAGCAGGCACCAGUCGUCCUGCGCUCAGCCCCGCCUCCGGAGGGACGCCCCGCCCACAAUCGCCAACAGGCUGAGCCUCCUCGGAGCUGCGCAGGCGCAGUACGGACGCGUCCUCGCGCGCCGCCUCUUCCUCUUAAUUCAUGCAAGGGGCGGUUAAGCCCGGCCGACGCGGACGCGGACGCGGCCGGGGUCGUGGAACCCGGGGCGAAGGUCAGCAGCACGGAGGUGCAGGGCGUGGCCGAGGGCCCCGGGCGGGCGGCGGCCGGCAGCGCCUGCCCCGGCGCUCCCGCGGCUCCCGGCCCUGCUCCGGCUCCGGCGCCGCCGCUGACCCUGCUGGUGAUGCAUCCCUGCGGCGGGCAGGAGGAGACCGCGGCCGUGCUGCGGCCGGCGGCGGGCCACUCCGUCAGGUACCUGUGUGACCUGGCGGGGGACGGCGAGGAGGAGGCGGGGGACGACGAGGCCGAGGCCGACCUGCUGGACACUUCGGACCCGCCGGGCGGCGGCGAGAGCGCCGCCAGCCUGGAGGACCUGGAGGACGAGGACCCGCAGUCCGGCGGCGAGGGCAGCAGCGGGGGCGGGGCCCGGCGGCGGGGCGGCGGCGCGAGCAAGACGUGCACCUACGAGGGCUGCCGCGAGACCACCAACCAGGUGGCGAAGCAGCGCAAGCCGUGGAUGUGCAAGAAGCACCGCAACAAGAUGUACAAGGACAAGUACAAGAAGAAGAAAAGCGACCAGGCCUUGAACUGCGGCGGGACCCCCGCCAGCGCCAGCGCGGGAAACGUGAAGCUGGAGGAAAGCGCAGAUAGUUUACUCUCCAUUGUUAAACAAAGAACAGGAUCUUUUGGGGAUCGCCCUGCAAGGCCUACUCUUUUAGAACAAGUAUUAAAUCAAAAAAGACUGUCAUUACUGAGAAGUCCAGAAGUCGUGCAGUUUUUACAGAAACAGCAGCAGCUCUUAAGUCAGCAAGUUUUGGAGCAAAGACAGCAGCCGUUCCCUGGAGCCCCGGUGUGAGAGGACUCGCCACAAGAAGCG